GCAUCGGCAGACUGUGCAACGACAUCCGGGAGAUGAUCGGCUUCGCUCCCGGAUGCUACUGGAGGAUCUGCCUGCAGUUCUUCGCUCCCAUCUUCAUUGGCACCAUCAUCGUGUACGGCCUGUACGACUACAAGCCGCUCUCGACCGACCCCUCGGGGAUGUACCCGUGGUGGACCGACCUCCUGGGCUGGGUCAUGGCCGGCUCCUCCAUGGUCAUGAUCCCCUUCGUGGCCGUCUACAAGAUCGUGCGGCUGCCCGGGCCCGCGUCCUUCUCCAAGCGCCUGAAGAUCCUGACCACGCCGUGGCGGGACCAGCAGGUCUCCGUGGGCAACGGCGUGCGCGCAGAGACCAACCAGAUCAUCCUGAACUCCGACACUCCAGCCCCAGACUCGGUAUAGAGACCAGACGCCGAAUCGAUCUCAGCGCUGGCUUUCCGGCCCCAGACCCGGCGCGCCGGAGACCAAGGCACCUUGCCUCACCUACCCUAAUUCGCCCCCCCUCCCCCGGCCAGGUGCGGUUAAGCCAAGGUCAACAGAGGUCUCCAAGGGUAACCUGAGACGGGCGAAGGACGCGCAGGCGGAGGUUUUUUGAGAGACAAGGGAGAGCCGUUGGUUUUGCGUUUCCAGUAUCAAUCUCGCUUUUCUUCCGCCCUGUCCCUCUUCCUCUUCCUCUCUCUCUCUCUCUCUCUCUCUCUCUCUCUCUCUCUCUCUCUCUCUCUCUCUCUCUCUCUCUCUCUCUCUCUCUCUCUCUCUCUCUCUUCUCUCUCUCUACUGCAUCCUUGUCUUUCUCUUUUCGUGAAUCGCAUUGCAUAAUCAAGCGGUGCUCUCGGCGUGUCUAUUGCAUCUUGUUCGACGUUUAAUAGAUCGCACACCCACUCGUCUUAAGUCUGUAGCCACAAGUAUACACAGAAGUGGCAGACGGAAGUACCAUUCUCGUCUGAAUUCCCGCUGUCGUUGCGUUUCCUGUCUCGUUUUCACCGAUUUCCGUUUCUCGCAAUCACUUGACGUCAUAAAGCGGAUGAAAGUCCAAGCCAAGGUAACGUCACUAGUCCGGUUGACGUCACAGCUCGCGUGACGUCAUCAAGCGGAUGACGUCAUCGCCCACGCGUUGAUGACCUUUGACCAACAGCCGUCAUGACCGAAGGCCUCGAUUAGUCUUGCUAUUCAUUAAAUCCUUUACAUUCUCACAACAUUUGACAUUAGAACAACCUCGGCGUCAGCUUGGAAACAUCACGAGCUGCUGCCAUAAGCCCUCGCAGGUGGGCGUCGGAGCCUCGCUCGCCGGCCCCGAGAUAAGCUGGGCCGCUGAGCCGUUCCCCCGAUACGAAUUGUCCGCUCAAACUCGAUGCGUAAUUUCCUGGAGAGAGAAAAUAAGGGCUGUAGUAAAUGUAUGUUUGUUCCUCGUCAUCUUCGCUGGUAAGUGAAUGACAUGACAUAAAUUUUGAAAUCAUUUGCCCAUUUCAAAGCACUGAAACUAAGGAGAAGCUUUGAUGUAGAAGCUUAAUUUGUAUUUUGCUGCCUGCUUCGCUAGGCUCAUGCUCCGUCGAUGGUGAAAUGCACGCACAAGGCACGUGUAACUGACCCCCAGGUAAUUUUGUUUUUCUUGUAUCUCUCUUAUCUUCUUCCUCCUUUCAAAUUUUCCUCCUUAUGUUUUUCUUCUCCCUCCUUCACCCCCCCC